CAUAAUUUCGCCUGUUGAAACUCUAGAGAGAACAACACAAAGCUCAUCUAUCGAGUGAGUAUAUCCAAGCGCCAUGGAGAAUGCUUAUGUUAAGCUCUUGUUCUGCAUCGUACUUUUAGUUUUAGCUGUUUCAGGUGGGAAGAAGAAUGACUUUGGGGUGGAAGGUACACUCCUAACCAGGCCAUGCAAAGUUGCAAAGGAUUGUGCCCUGUGGGGGCCUCGUUGCCCAUGCGACUUCGCGCUCCAUCUCUGCAUUUGCCAGCCACCUCAUCUGAAACACCGAGGGCUUAAAGAAGGGCAUUAGAAAUUAGACAUCCAAAUGAAUAAAGAAAUGAGAGCAAAGUA